UAUUUCCCCCUAUCAAUGAAUGGGCUACUCCAAAUCACGUCAUCACAGCGCACUGCCAGGAAAAUGGCCGAUUGUCACUAUUAUCUGAACUAACUGUGCCAAACAAGAUGGAAUGUCAUCUUUAGGUCGCUUUGAGCUCUAACUUGGGAUGUGGAGAAAGCCAUGAACAUUCCAAACUCGCUGACCACUUCAAGAACCUGACUGCUUUCGGAUCUUCUACUUCACAUUUCCGUAGUACAUUUUAAGGACCCUGACCUUGCUGUAAAUAUGAUAAGGAUGACCGUCAAGCUCUUCAUUACCACGAUAGUGUUCGUACUGAUCAUGCUGGGUGCAAUGUACCAUUACGUGCAACCCGGAAAAUCUCCAAUCGCUCGAAAGACUGGGGGAACAGCGCCCCCAGAUGAGGACGAUAAGAACAACAGCCAGUUGUCGAGAUGGUGGCGAAAGUUCCAGGGAGACGGGGAACCAGUGCAACUGCAAGCAAACAAAAGUGCAGCAGUGACCACUCCGCCUGUAGUGGUACCCACUCCGCCUGUAGUGGUACAGCCCACAUGUAAGAGAAUAUGGCAGAAGGGACGGUCGUCAUGGUUUGAUAGCAGGUUUGAUGACAACAUCAGGCCUGUCUGGUCACGGGCUAACAUAGAGCUGCCUGCUGACGCCAGGAAGUGGUGGAUGAGUCUUCAGAGCCACAAGGACGAGGACCCCGCCCCCCUCCUGAAUGCGUUAUUUGAUAUGGGAGCACCAGAUGUCGACCCGUGGGCCAGCCGUAACCUCACAGGGUGUCUCCGCUGCGCUGUGGUGGGCAACUCUGGCAACCUCAGGCAGUCCAACUAUGGGGAGGAGAUUGAUGGAUAUGACCUGAUCUUCAGAAUGAACGAUGCCCCUACUAAGGGUUGGGAGAAGGAUGUCGGCCACAGAACCACCCACCAUUUCAUGUACCCAGAGAGCGCCACAGACCUGCCAGAUGACGUCAGCUUCGUCCUGCUGAACUUCAAACCUCUAGAUCUCAAAUGGAUGAAGACUUCCCUCACAGAUGGGUCCAUUACUCGGACAUGGACUCGUGUAAAAGGCAGAAUUAAAGCAAACAAAACAAAGAUUCUGGUGUACAAUCCUGCGUUCUUCAAAUACGUUAACGACAAGUGGACGGAGCAUCAUGGGAGGUAUUCCUCCACAGGCAGCCUGGUUAUCCUGUUUGCAGUACACGUGUGCGAUGAGGUGGACGUGUAUGGUUACGGAGCUGACAAACACGGAAUCUGGGACCACUACUGGGACCCGUCGCACAUCGGACAGACCAUCGGACAGACCAUCGGAGUCCACGACUCCUCAUUUGAACAGCUUCUCCUUCAGAAACUGCAAUUGGAGGGGAUCAUCAAAAUCCACAGAGGCAAUGCAGAUCACUAGUUACCACUGUAUGCUAUUAUAGAGACGAGAGAAAUGAACUGUAUUGUCUAGUAAAAAAAUCUAUUCCCCUAUUUCAUACACUUAAGUUCUGUAAAAAAAUUCAUGUUCCUAAUGAAACUAGACAAACUAUCGAUCAUAAAACAUAUCUGUCAUUUUAUCUCCACCAUAACUGAAAAGCGAGAAGUUGAAUUUAUCUAACAAUAGUUUUUGUCUUGUUUCUGUUCAACGUAUUUCUUGUCUUGUUGUGACCUGUAGUUAGCCCGGUGUGGCAAAAAUGUGCAAUAAAAGGUCUACGUUCAUACACUGUAUGUAAUCACGCUACUGUUGGCUCUGUUAGCUAAAUGUAAGUAACUUUUUGCACGGCUUCAUAAUGAGAAACCUAACCGUGUCGCUAACCUAACCUAAUCAGGCUCGAGAUAAACUGCAUAUAAUUAAAAGUGUCAAAAUACACUAAAUUUUGUAAGUCUGUAAUGAGCCUUAUAAAGGUUCAGAGUACGAGUUGUAUAGUUUAACUUUGUUUGCGUCCAUUAUUCUGAUUGAUUUUCUCAAUGAGAUUUGUGCGAAAUCAAGAGUGUUACCAGUAUAAUUAAUUUUUCCCCAACCGAGCUAAGUAUAGGUCACAACAGAGACAGAACAUACAUAAUAGUAUCAUAUACCUACUCUAACAUAGAAGUUCGGCUUCUAUACACGUAUCUAUUUACCGUGUACAUACAAUAUUGUAACUGUUAUUAAAUGACAGUUGCA